AUGGACUACACCCUUGCAACCUACAAGUCACCGCAGUAUGAGGACCUUGCAUUUAGAAUUCUUCGAGACCGCUUAAUUGAAAUCGGAUAUCCCACAAAACUCGCACACUUCGAUUAUGAGCCAUCGUUUCCAGCACGAGGACUUUGGUUUGACACACUGUACGGAACUAUGCUGAAAAUUGAUCAUUUUGGAUCUAUCCUUAUGUGUCUCAGAGGAUUCAACACAAUUUCUCAUGCCGAAAUAUGUGAAUUGUAUCCCAACAAGUUUCUAAAGUAUGACGAAUCCAGAAUAAAGAUAAUGAGCACUCUUUUUGAUCUACCAAAACUUCAUUUAUUGGCAUGUAUUGUCCACAUGUUCCAAAACAACUCUGAAUUUAAAAAAGAGAACAACGGAGUAAGACUGGGAUCCUUGUACAUGUCCUAUAAAUCUGUCUACGAGGAUGUGGACGAAGUGACUGAUUGGAUGCACCGAGGCGAAUUAAAAAGGCAGACAGUUGCCAAUCUGGAUUACUAUGUCGAACAAAACCCUGAGACCCUUCUCCUGUUGGACAACAACCGCAGUGCUGAGAUGCUCACUAAACUAUUGUUUACCAUGUCCUUCUUGAUUGUCCCUAGUUGA